UGUUUCAGCUGCCAUGUUUGGUUGCUUUGUUGUAGGCUUCUACUUGGUUUCCUACAGAAUUAGUAAGUGUGGAAAUGGAGCCGAGCUGGAGUACGUUUCUUUUUCAAAGGAUGGGAGAGUGGAUAGAGCCGGAACCUGGGGGAGAACGGAGAAUGACGUGGGGUAGAGGACUGCAGCAGGCCAAUGAAGCCCUCCACCACCAGCACCAGGUGGCCCAGAACAGCCUGCUGCCACUUCUUAAUGCGGGAGCUGAACAAAUAGACCAGAAGCCUAUCCUGCCUAUCCAAAUAGACCAGAAGCCACCUUCCAGUGCCGCCGAUCUCCUCAAGGACAAUGUGGCCAGUGGAGGAGGUCAACGGCCACCAGUGCCUGUUAUAAAGAAGGAACACAAAGGAAAAACACCUUUCGUUUGUGGCUACUGCAACAAGGCCUUCCGCGACAGCUACCACCUGCGACGCCAUGAGUCCAGCCACACCGGUAUCAAAAUGGUGUCACGGCCAAAGAAGACCGCCCAGACAGCCCCCACCAUGGUACCCAUGAUCUCAACCAUGUCACGGGAGAACAACGGCAACCCUUCCUACAUCUCUACAGUCGCUGGCAUCCUCUCCACGGCGACCACCUCAGUUUCCUCGAGUAUCAUGACGUCAUCGGCGAUGGGGAACGUGCAUCAGCAAAAUGUGCCCAAGAAACCCGCCAAACCUGUCAAGAAAAACCACGGCUGCGAGAUGUGCGGCAAGGCCUUCCGUGACGUCUAUCACCUGAAUCGCCACAAGCUGUCCCAUUCAGACGAGAAGCCGUUCGAGUGCCCCAUCUGUCAGCAACGCUUUAAAAGAAAGGACAGGAUGACCUACCACGUCCGCUCUCAUGACGGAGGAGUCCACAAGCCCUACGUUUGCUCUGUGUGUGGGAAAGGCUUCUCCAGGCCGGACCAUUUGAGCUGCCAUGUGAAGCAUGUGCAUUCUUCAGAAAGACCGUUUAAAUGUCAAGUAACGGCCUGUACCUCUGCUUUCGCCACCAAAGAUAGACUGCGCUCCCACAUGAUUCGACACGAAGGCAAAGUCACCUGCAGCAUCUGUGGGAAGAUGCUCAGCGCGGCCUACAUCACCAGCCAUCUGAAGACUCACGGACAGACCAACUUUAACUGUAAUAAAGAUGGCAAUGAUGUCUGCAACUCUGCCUCAGCUACACCUGUGACUAUCUCUGCCCCCAUCACCUCAGCGAUGAACCGGGGCCUACAGAACAACCCUGUUACCAUAGCGGCGCAAAUGAACAUUAGCACCAACACGGUCAACAUCACAUCUCCAGUGAGCCUCCAGCACCCAGUCACCAUCACCGGGCCCAUCAACAUUGCCUCCGUCAACAUCCCUGCGACGGCACCGAUGAAUAUCGCUCACCCGGUCGCAAUAACCACCCCCAUGCCUAUGAAUAUGACCGGUCCCAUCAACAUCGCCAUGAGGCCCGUGGAUAGCAUGUCCUUCCUGUCCCAAGUCUUGCCUUCUCCCCAACCCUGGUAAAAAGAAAAGGAUUGAGAGUGCUGUGAACUGGCCAGAAAGAAAGGGAAAAAUGAAGUGAUACCAGAGACUCCUGUACUCAUCAUUUGCACCUCGAGCCCGGGUCCCGCACCACCACCACCACCACCACCACCGACGUUUACUUCAAUAAACCCUGAAGCGAAUAUUUGCAUGAACUAUGUGGCCGGAUGAUGCUCCAACAAGUCACAGCUACGUCCCAGCUUAGGAAAAGUGGCUUACACGAGAUGCAGAACACUUGAGUAGAAACCAAGUAGGAUUUAUCUUGAAAUCAGGACAACAGUAAGACUUAGAGUAGUCAGUUAGAGCAAUGAAACUGUGAUUUGUAUCAUGACGGAAGAGAAGAGAGAAGAGGAGGACUCUGUAGGAAAAACACACCUGUGCUUUUACAAAAGGGAGAUGAGAGAUGGACUGAAGCAAUAACUAUGAAUUGCUGUUUUUGAUGUUUUACAAGUUCUCUCCCAAAGCCUCUGGGUGUUUCUUUGUAUGUUGUUAUUUUUUAACUAUAGCCUGCUAAUCACUAUUUAAUGUAAUAGGAAAUGAGUCUAGUAAAAGGGACAGCAGCUUCCACUUGCAUGGAAGAAUAUUUUUUCACAGUGCUAUAGCUUUCUUUUCUUCUCUGAUAGUAGGUAUGCUCUUGAGGUACAGUAACUAACUUGUACAGUUGACAUAGUAAUGUAUUUUCAUGUCAGCAUUUUAACUUUUUUUGCUUUUGUCAUUCAAGCGGACGUCGUGACAAUGUCCUCUUGAAAAUGAAAUAUUUGUACUAUGUUUUCUACUUGGAUGGAAACAGAGAAGUUUGUUUUUAUUUGCCUAUUUGUAGUGUUGAUUUUUCCAUGAAGUCAAGAGUGGAGUGAGUCUUGCACUGAAAGCAUAUCCUACACACAGGUGAACAGCAGUAUUAUCAAAGAUCAAAUUGGAGUCUUAGGUGUUUUGGUUAGCAUGCCUGCGCUUGAGGGCCAUCUAGUGGCUGACCAUGGAAAGGCCUGGCCUUGUAGUGAAGCUUUUUCAUGCUGUUCGUCAUCAUUAUGGUGACUACUUAUUUUGUCUGACUCCUCUGUACACUGUUUCUUUUUGUAUCAUUUAUCUGUUAUAGCCCCAAGAUGAUACUUAGGACCCCUCACUCAGGAAAAACAUAUAAAAGCCCAUUUCUCAUAAAUUUAGUUCAUAUUUAAGUUGAUUAUAUCUAUCAUGUAUCUUCUCCAUAUUCUUUUCUUUAGAUUUCCUAAUCGUUUGGCAUGAAAGGACUUGACUAGACUUUCAUCAGGGACUAGAAGUCCAGUAAUUAAUUAUUUUAAAACAUAGCCGUCCAUUAAAAUAAUCAUGUACUGUGCAAUGGCAUACAUGCUGUACCUUUUUUUCUUUUUUUCUUUUUUUUUUUAAACAUUUCCUUAUGUUUAGUCUCAGGCCGCAAAGUAAUGUGGCUGAGAUCUGGAUGAGUUUGAUGAAAUGCAAGUUUGUGCCCAUAAAAAUAAUGGGACAAUAUUGAUGUUGCAUGACCCCCAACACUGUAGCUGUUGAACAUGAAUUAUUUUUCUAAGAAUGCCAUGUUAUCUGAACAGUGUUGCAGCUCUUUGAGUUGAUUCAGUGUAUACUGAGAAAUGCAAUAUGCAUGUUUGUCAUUUUUCCCGAAGUUUUGCUUUUAAACAAAAAUGUUAGUGUAGCUUUUUAUUUUAUUUUUUAUGUUCUUAUGCAUUUAAGUAGAUACACUAUGAUAGCCUGUUUGCCAAAUUUGAUACAAAAAUAAUGUGAUGAACUGAACAUUUCAUGUGGAAUUAAACAUCUCUUUAUUUUUAAGGAAAAAAAUAAUUGGAAAUUCCAGGACCCUUGUGAAAGCAGUUGAAUGUAUAUCUUUGUACAAAACUAUUUUAGUUCCAAGGAUAAGGUAGUUACUGUAGAUGUGAAAGAUAAAAUAACCUUUUUUAUAAAUCUUUUGUAUUAGAACAUUAACAAUGGUAAUUUUGUAUAUAUGAGAGGCUAGGCUUUCUGAUUAGCAGAAAGGUCAAACAUUCCUACAUUUUUUUAAAUGUAUGUUUGUCAAAUUAUUACAUAAACAUGCGCAAUGUUAUGUGCCUUUUAUUUGGGUUGUCUAAAUAAAAGAAAACUAUCAAAUGUGUU